CGAUGUUAGAGAAAGAGAAGUUAGCUACGACUGGAAACAACUAUGCGGACUGGGUCCGUAACCUGAGGAUUGUCCUCAGGAGCGCUAAGAAAUUGUACGUGCUUGAAACUGCUCUUCCAGCUAAACCGGCGGCAGAUGCACCGGUAGAUGAAAAAAAUGUCUGGGCCACUAAGGAUGAUGAUCACAACUUAGUGCAGUGCCUCAUGCUAGCUUGCAUGAGUCCAGGGCUUCAAAAACGUUUUGAAUUCCAUAAAGCCCGUGAUAUGAUCCGGGAAUUGGAUGCUCUGUACAAGGAAACCGCAAAGUCUGAACGAUAUGAUAUCAUGAAGGCUUUGAUGGAUUGCAAGAUGGCUGAGGGUAGUUCAGUUGGCGAACACGUGGUCAAAAUGAUUGGCUAUUCUGAAAGGCUUAAAGCCCUAGAAUUUCCACUUCCACCUGGCCAUAUGAUGGACAUGUUGCUUUCUUCACUCCCCCCGUCUUACGACGGUUUUGUCAUGAACUACAACAUGACAGGGAUGGAGAAGACGCCUGAAGAAGUGCUCGCCAUGCUGAAAACUACAGAAGGAGGACUGCGGAAAAAUCGCAAGCAAGUGUUGCUUGUGAAUAAAACCGCCAGUUUCAAAAAGAAGAAAGGCAAGCCAAAGAAGGGCAAGGGCACCGGUAAGACCGGCUCCCAAAGCAACUCUAAGGGCGGAGCCAAGAAUGAAACUGAGUGCUUCUAGUGCAAGGGCACAUGACACUGGAAGAGAAACUGCAAGAAGUAUCUGGAAGAUAAGAAGACCGGGAAAACCGGAAAAGGGACUUCAGAAGGUGCGCAAGCUAGCAAAGAAUGAAGUCGUGAUGCGCGUCGGGAA